UUGCGCUGUAAAAGUAUUAUUGAUUGGAAAGAAGAAGAAGCAGCAAAAGCAUUCAGCGAAAGAAAGGCGCAGCAAGCAAAAAGUCAGCUGUCCAUUUGCACACUUACAACACGUAGGGCAUUUAAGGCGAAGCAAACGAUAGACAUUCGCCGAACGACAAGUAGAAAAAAAAACAGAAAACAGAAAAAAGCAGGCAAAGAGCAUUCUGGAACCAUGACCAACUUGGAAAAACAACACGAGAUGGUGAAGCGCAGCCUUGUUCAGUUUGUCAGUGCCCAUAUUCCAGGUGCCGACUUUAGCGUAGUGGAUGAGAUUGUGCUCUCCUAUAUUAUAUCAAUUCUCGAGGAAGCCUCGCAGGAUCCGUGUUUUGAUGUCGAGGGCUUUGUUGAGAUGAUGGGCGCAUACUUUGAGGAGUUUUCCACUAUUGAUCAGGGCGUCAUCUGCGAAUGGAUUUACAAGCUGGCCAACGAGCUAACUGAAACGGAAAAGAACCAAGGCAAUCACAAUACGGUCAAUUUGUCGCUCAACUCCUUGAGCCUAUCGAGUAUUAUACCCGAGUCCAAAUUGCGUGCACGCAAUUCAUCCAUUUCCGAGAAAGAUGAGCUUUCCUCGAAUAACAGCAGCAACAGCGGCGGAUCCAGCGGCAAGCGAUCCCAACACUUGUCCGAGAACAGCGAUGGUGGCUCUACCGAUAGUUCCAGCUCCACUUGUGAUUACUUUUUAGAUGAGGCCGAGGUGUUGCAGGAGAUGUUCCCAGACACCGCCUACGUUGAGAUAAAGCAUUGCAUUGCCAUUUCCAAGGGUGACAUUGAUGGGGCUACUCAAAUCCUAUUGCAUCGCCAGGAGACCAACCAGAGCCUUACCGACAAGUCCCAUACUUUGGUCCUCAAGAAGAACGUUGUUGUCGACGAUAAUGAGCUAAAGAAUCGCAUAAUAGCCAGAUACUCCUAUGUGGAUAAGAAUGCUACCCAGCGUGAGUAUAAGCCGGUGGUACCGAAAAUGGAACCGCGUAAGCUGGUACGCUAUCGGGACAACAAAAUAGUAUCGCUUAAGGGUGAGCGUUACACCGAAGUCAAGCGUGACGAAGAUGCUGAGUUAAAAAAACCCAAGAAGCAGAUUCAACCGUAACUAAAGAUGAACAAAACCCACAAGUAUUUUAUCAAAAAGCAACUUAACCUACAACCACCUAAUAAUUCCGCACCAACGACACCUAGAAUUGAUCGAUGCAGCAGCAUCAGCAGCCAACGGGAUAACAAUGUUUUAGAACUCAAUGUGUGCACAGAGCUGCAUAUAAAAGGGACUAGAAUUAAUUCUAAAUCCUACCUAUCCCAACCCAAUUGCCUGGCAUUAGUGCCAGUUGUAGCCAUGCUUAGCCAACAUUUAAAUGCUUCCUUGCCAAUAUCAACAUCACAUAAUGAAUCUGACGAACUAGAAGAACCACAUUUGUUGAGGAGGACAGCAGCCGCCAGUAUUGCAUCGAGUGACCCAAUAAUAAUCCAGGUAUCCCCUUGUGAAUUUGCUGGCAAUUUGUUGUUGCUGUUGUUAGUUAGCUUUUCUGGUUAUUUUAAGCAACGGAAUUUUUCUUAUCAUAAUCAAAUUGUGGACAAAGACACAAAGACUUUACAUACCAAAUUAGUUAAUAGUUAUGUUUUAGGAAUCGUUUUUGCAUUUUUUUGUGUUUGGCCAGCCCAAGCCCAGGGCGGUAUAAUCAAUAACUACUUAUGAGUUUCGUUUCGGUGACAAGGAUGCGGCUCAAGGAUGUUCCUAGCUGCUGCCUGUCGCUUAUGACAACGCUUGUCGUCGCGCCUGUGUCGUGUGGAUAGUUUUUCUUAGUUCCUUACGUCACACUAGCAAGAAAAUCGAAUUAAAUUGUACUUUCUCGCUAUUGAAUCUCGAAGUUAUCAAAACAAUACAAGUAUUUAUAUUUGUAUUGUUGUAGCUCAGAUCAAUCCCACAGGCAGGUGCGACUAACAACUCGAAUUUGGCGCUCAAAUAGACUUAUUUAGAUGAUUUUAGGUAUUCGAAUUGAAAUGUUUGUAAGUAUAUAGUGCGCGUUUUAAAAACGCAGCUGUAUAACAACUUGCCAUAAGAUUUAUGUUUAAAGUUUUUAUGUUGUGUUUUUACUGUGUAAAACUUGAUUUUUCGCUUUAGUUCUUUUAUUAUUUUGGUCUAAGCAAACUAGUAACAGUAACCACAAUUGCCAUGCAACAUUAACUAGUCCUCAUCCUGAGAAUCCCAUACCAAAGCGGCUGCUGAUCGGAAGGACGCAGCAAUAUUAUAAACAUAUUCAACGUAUACUACUAAUCAUGAAUAAUCAAUUUUAAUAUAUCCUUAUCUUAGCAAGCUUCUUAGUAAUUCCUACAACUGUUAAAGCCCAGCGUAAUUCAUUUAUUUAGAUUUAAGUAUCACAAUAUCAAUCAACGCAUUUGCAUUUUCAUAUAAUUGCUUUCUAAUUGUUAUUUUUAGUUUGAUAACUUUAUAAGUGUUCCUUCCCAUUACCACCGUUUUAUUUAUAUUCAUAUAUUUUCUUUCAAGUUUUUAAUUUCAUUUAAGCUAAGCACUGACAAAAUCGGUAUUUAUAUUUAUUUAUGUAUAAAUAUGUACAUGUGUAUUUAUGAAUUUUAAUGGUUUCGGUUUGAUAUUACGCAACAUUUUCUCGUAUAUUUUAGUUUAUAUAUUAUUUUUGUGAUAUUAGCGUAAAAAUUGAACUACAAGAAAAAGGCAAAACUCUCGAAUUAAACUUUUCAAAUUCAAUAAAUAUAUAAAAUAUUGUAUCCAAUAAAA